UGUCUGCCCCUCGUUCCAGUCAAACACGCCGCCGGGGCUGAACUUUGAUUGACCGCCAUCGGCUACUUGGUGGUGGAGAGUGAAAGGCAGCGAGACGAAUAUGAGGAUCGUCGGAUUGACGGGAGGGAUCGCCUCAGGAAAGAGCACGGUUUCUGCUCUCUUUAGAUCCAGCGGCGUCCCUGUCGUGGACGCCGAUCUUGUCGCUAGGGAUGUUGUAAAAAAAGGGACACCUGGAUGGAGAAAGGUUGGUGCUGCAUUUGGAGAUGAUAUUUUGCUAGAAAAUGGAGAGAUCGAUAGAUCACGCCUUGGACAGAUUGUUUUUUCUGAUGUAGCAAAACGUCAACUUCUGAACCGUCUAUUAGCUCCACAUAUAUCUUAUGGUAUAUUCUGGGAAAUUAUGAAGCUUUGGCUUAAGGGAUAUAAAGUCAUUGUACUUGACAUCCCAUUAUUAUUUGAAGCUAAGAUGGAUCGAAUGACGAAGCCUAUUAUCGUCGUAUGGGUAAAUCCUGAAACGCAGCUGCAGCGGCUAAUGGAUAGAG